AUGCUGGGCCUUCUGCAUGACCUUCCUGUGGCUAACAGGGAAGAAGCAGUUGCUCCUUUCAUCGAGCGCAUCUCUCGUAUCUCGAGUGAAGAAUUGCAAUACCUGGCUGCGGAUGUGCACAAGCAAUCUGGUGUGAUAUGCCAAUCUGCUGCGUCCUUCCGGGAAACGAAGCAUGCGAAAGCAAAUUCCCAUGUCUCACUAUUCGAGAUUCACGACUAUCCCUCAUCAAAGCAGGGACCAACAUGGUGGUCAAAUGGAACUACCCAGGAUUCUUCAUCAAGGCCACUUGCUGGACUGAAGGUCGUGGACAUGUCUCGCAUUAUUGCCGCACCUGCUGUCUCGCGGGGCCUAGCUGAACUGGGGGCCUCGGUGAUGCGAGUGACAUCGCCGCAUCUUCCAGACAUGCAUGUACUCCACAUCGACUUGAAUUGGGGUAAGUGGAGCUGCAGUGUGGAUCUCAAGACGGAUACUGGGAAGCAAGCACUGCGUGAUCUGAUCUGGGAAGCGGAUGUGGUCGUGCAAGGCUAUCGGCCUCAUUCGCUGGAAAAAUAUGGAUUUGGUCCACAGGAUAUCUUACGUAUGACCAAGGACCGAGAGGGAGGGAUUGUUGUACUUCGGGAGAACUGUUACGGCUGGUAUGGGCCUUGGUCAGAUCGUGCUGGAUGGCAACAGAUCAGCGAUUCGUGUGUUGGAAUCUCCCAUGGCUUCGGAAAGGCUAUGGGACAUACAGAUGGAGAGAGUGUAACGGCGAUUUUUUCGAAUAGUGAUUACAUGUGUGGUGUUUCCGGUGUCUGCGCUACACUACUUGCCCUUAUGAGAAGGGGUGAGCAUGGCGGUAGCUACUUGGUCGAUGUGGCCUUGAAUUAUUAUAACCAGUGGCUGGUCGAUUGCGUUGGGGAAUAUCCAGAGCACGUAUGGCAAUCAUUGUGGGAGCGCCAUGGCAAGCAAAUAUUCCGGUAG